GUUCAGAGUCCUUGGAGAGGGGGAUUUCAAACUCAUCAGAAUGACGGCCAAAUUCUGCUCACUCAUUUCUGUACGAUAACCACUGGUCGUAAGCGCAAGAAGCCCUCAGAAAAUCCUCCUAGUAAACAAAUGAGAGAUAACAAUCGAUACGUGUGCCAAGUGUAUCGAGACAAGGAGUACGACGACAUUGUUUUAUUUUCUGCCUUUCUUCACCAUGAGCUGUAUUUCACUCAACUGAAGGAGUUUGUAAAGGAGAACUUCUUUUCUCGACUGUUCUCGCUCUCUUUCGAGCACGAUCAGUAUUCUAGAGGACAAAGUAGCGCUAAAGUGGCCCCUUGAUAUAAGAUGGGAAAUAGACUCUGACAAAGAACCUUGUCAGCUAACCAAAGAAAUGAUGGACUCUAGUGAUAGCCUCCCAUAUCCUCCGACAAUCAAGCUCGAAAUCGAGAGAGCCCCUAAUUCAAGUCUUCAGUCCAUUAGAAUUCCGGUGGAGAUAUUGGGUAUCACAGAGCCGGGAAAGAAAUUCAUACUAAAGCCAAAGUUGAGGCAAGGCACCAGUCCACGU